AUGUGCGAGAUCGAUGACCACCAGACGCAAAGUCUUUCCUUCCAAGAACACAAUCCCGAUGCCUCAAACUCCAUCGUAUUCCUGCAUGGAAUUCUAGCCUCCGCUCACGAAUGGAAUAGCGUCGUUCCUCAUCUGACGCAGUAUCAUUUGCUUGUCGCAGAUCUGCCCCAACACGGCGCAGAGGGCAGCGAAUCGUCAAAAAUCCCGUACUCUCACGCGACGGCUGUCGAGUAUAUUGCUCAAUUGAUCCGCGAGCAUGCCAAGGAAGGCACCGCACAUAUCGUCGGCAUAUCGCUCGGCGGAUGCUUAGCUCUCUCGCUGGCAGCAAAAUAUCCAGAACUAUGUCUCUCCCUUUUCGCCACGGGAUGUGCACAUCGUUUCGACCAGGGAGAGGGGGGCACCAAUCUGCCCGCCUGGUUGAUAUGUGCUUUCCUCUCCGCCGCAAAUGCGCUCGGAGCUGCUUUUUCCCGUGCGAUCCCGCUCUCCUGGUCGCUGAAAUUAUGUGGAUGGCAAGACACGUCGGCAGUGACAGAGGAGCUCCUGCAAGACAUACAAGCAGCUACGGCGCGGGGCAUCUCAGGUAUAAUUAUCAGGGGAUUGAUGAGCUGUUCGGGUCCAGAGGUGUGGAAGAAGGUGAGCGAGUCGGGAGUGCGCACAUGCGUGCUAGCAGGCGGCAAGCUGGAUCCGAUAGAGAUGACGAGAGAGCAGGGGAUGACACUGGAAAAGGCAAGCCCUGGAAAUAAUCACAAAGGAAAUAAUCACAACAAGGCGUACGUCGUCCGUGAUACGAUGCGUAUGUGGAAUUUGUCGCAUCCUGCUUUAUUUGCGGAGGGUGUCGAGGCUUGGGUUGCCGAGAAGGACAUGCCUGUUGGCUAUGAAGAAAUCUAG